UUGCUGUAUGCGUCAGGGACUUGUCUUAAUAAGGCCAAAGCCACAGUGAUGAUGGUUCAUCCUCUUUCUCUGGUUCUUUUGUUCAUGAUUCCACCUCAGCUUUCGACAUACUACUGGCACUACACAACGGACUACCCCACGACUACUUCUUCACCUUCACACACUGCCUAUGCUCAGCUUCCGACAUACGGCUGGUACUGGGAUAACAGCGCGACUACUUCUUCACCUUCACACACUGCCUAUGCAACUUUUACCCCUUCAACACAUGAUGUCAACACAAGGACAACAGCAGCUCAGCUUCCGACAUACGGCUGGUACUGGGAUAACAGCGCGACUACUUCUUCACCUUCACACACUGCCUAUGAUGGCCCAAAGAGGGUAGAGGUGUUCAGCGGAUCAUUUGGUGGAAUAAUUGAGGGAGGUUCAGUGACUCUGACCUGCAGGAGUGAUGCAAACCCACCUGUGGAGAGCUACACCUGGUUUAAGAGAUCAGGAACAGAGGAUUUAAAAAUAGGGACCAGGCAGAGUUACAGAAUCAGAAUUAUCAGCAUCGAAGACAAUUACAAAUACAAGUGCAGGGCAUCCAACCGGCACGGAUCUGCGUUCUCAGAGUACACGCCACUUGAUAUUUUAUACUCCCCAAAGAAUACAUCAGUGUCAGUGACCCUGACAUGCAAGGCUGAUGCUAACCCACCUGUGAUGGACUACACCUGGUAUAAAGAAGGUGAAAGUGCACCUGUGGCAUAUGGGCAGACCUACAGCAUCGCCAGUAUUACUAAAGAGGACAUUGCACCAUUCUACUGCAAGACUGGCAACAAAAUUGGCCAUCACUUUGCGCGCCCUGUACCAGUCACAUGUAUAGAGGAGUGUCCUAAAGGAAAGGUUACUGCUGCUGGCAUCGGUGGAUUCUGUGGAGGACUCGCUGCAGCCGUUCUCCUCAACAUUCUGUGGAUAAGCUGGAGGAAGAAUAAGACAACAAGUGGAAGUGAAUAUGGGGUUGGUGAAAGCAGAAGGAAGAAGCAGAAGAAGACAGCAAUUGAAGAUGAUUACGAGAAUGUUGGCCCAGACACCAAAGACGACGACACAUACACAGCUCUUAAUAUGAAGACCAAGCCCUCAGAUGAUGUGUAUGAAGCUCUAACAACUGAGAGCAGUCCUCCUUGUGCUGUGACACAGGUGUAGGUCUUCAGAGCAACCCCUUCCGACUCCAACUCUGUGGAAUCAUCAUCAGAACCAUCAAGGUGAAUGCAAGCGACAUAACAGACUGGACCUACAGAGAGGGAAGAAGAGAAAAACAGAGAAUGAGAUGUUAAUGCUUUAAUUAAUGCUUGUAACAUGGUGUUUCUUAUAAAGCAUGCAAGUUCCACAUUUACCUGCUAAAGCUUUGCAACACUUACAACGACUUGUGUGGCAAAUUAAUAUAUUAGUUCAUUAAGUACUGAUGUAAAAGUAGU